UCCCCCAUCACCCCCUCCCCCAUCAAUCACUCAUUCUUGUUGACAUUGAGGCCUCUCCAUAUCUCUCAUUAGAAGUCCCUCCUGCCCAUCUCGCUCCGUUACCCACAGCUCCACAAUGUUUGCCAAGCCCACUUCCUCAGUCUUACUCCUUGCCGCUUUUUUGCAAGCGGCCGUCGGUAGCUUUGCUCUUAGCACCGAGAGUCCCAGCACUGGGCUCAGUCGCCGUCAAGGAAGCAGUUCGACCACCACGGUCACCGAGAUCAAGACCUUCACUGCUCAAUGGAGCCAAGUGUCUACGGCCUUCGACACCUGUCACCAGACCUUCCAGUCGCAAUCCACCAGCGUCGAGGUGGCCGUCCAGUCCGUCACCACGCUUCAUCAAACUUGCGAUCGCGUCGCUAGACAAUAUCCGUCCUGUCGAAACUGUGCUGGUGCCGUGCAAAGCGCCAGCCAGGAAGUGACCACCUUCAAGUCUCACAUCGAGCACUCCUUCACCACCUUCCAAGAGAUCCUGAAGACUGGGAAAGCCCGGUUUGCGUCCGACUGGCAAUCCAAGUUUGCCGCGUCGUUCCGCCAAUUUGACGGCUUCGUCAAGUCUGCCAACACCGCAUGCUCGUCCUUGAACCUCCAGUUGGACGUGAUCAUCAAGGGGCUCGGCUUGGACUUGAAUCUGUUCGUCGGCGUCAGCCUGAACUUGGGCGGGCUCCUUGGCGCAGUGGGCUCGCUUCUCGGCGGGAUCCUCCGCAAGAGAGAAGUCUUGCUCUUGAACUAAAAACAGCUCUCUUUCUCUCUCUCCACUCUUCUCGUCUACCUCCCCAUUCCGCGUCCUUCGAGCAUACCUCGGACCCUGGCCUCGACUACUCUUUGUGUCCCAUCAUCCUGCUUCCUUUAUCACUGAGCUCUCAAAAUAAACAUGCACAACAGACAUUCCUUCUCGUUGUUUUCUUUCCCAUUCUCGAAACGCAACGUAGUCUAUCAGUGCCACCAUGAUUCCUGAACCUACAUGGCGUUGCAAUGUAGAGUCUUGUCCCAAUGCUCAACACGAGCAAGCUGAGUCUGAGCAAGCAGGCGCAAGGUAAUCAAAUGAGCGAAGU